UUAGGCUCCUCCAAGAAAAAAACAUAUUUUUUUUUGUUAAAUAAUAAUAGUUUCCUAAUAACCUUUUUUAAUACAGGUAACAAUAAUUUUUAGCUUCGUGAAAAAUUUGACAGUGAACGUAACAUAUUUGACAGUAAACGUUAUGGUCCUGUCAGGUAACAGUAAUUUAAGAAUAAAAUGGUCCAACUAAAGCAGGUGUCUCUGCGACUGAAGUCAAUUAAAAAUAUUCAAAAAAUCACCAAAACUAUGAAGAUGGUCUCCGCAAGCAAAUUUACAAAAGCAGAACGUGAGCUCCAGGCUGCGCGUCCUUUCGGCUACGGGCCACGCAAGUUUUAUGAGUCGAGCCACUUGGUGAAGGGUCCCGUAGACAAGAAACCUGCUGGCGAUGCUAAGGCUGAACCGGAGGCCGUUAAGCCCGAGGAUGAUAAAAAGACAAAAAGAGUCUACGUCGCCAUGACGUCAGAUCGAGGUCUUUGCGGUGGCGUCCACAGUGGAGUGGCGCGGCGGAUCAGGCGGGAAUUGGCGGCACGCAAAGCAGAAGGCACUUCGCACAAAUUGGUCUGUGUAGGCGAUAAGUCGCGAGGAGUCCUACGCAGGACCUAUGCCGAAAACAUGCUCAUCAACGUUAAAGAUAUCGGGCGCAUAGCGCCUGUGUUCGCAGACGCGUCGGUAAUAGCAGCAGCCAUCGCGGAAUCAAGAUACGGCUAUGACAUAGGAGAAGUCUACUAUAACAAGUACUUCAGUCCCGUCAAGUACGAGUUGACAAUCGUCCCCUUCUUCAACAAGUUUCGCAUUGAGAACGCUCCGAACAUGUCUGCCUUUGAUGAGGUCGACGAAGACCAGUUAGAGAGUUACGCGGAAUGGACAUUGGCGGCGCUGCUGUAUUAUGCUCUGAAGCAAGGCGCUGCUUCGGAGCAGUCCGCGCGAAUGGCGGCGAUGGACAACGCCACUAAGAACGCCGAAGAGAUGAUCCGGAAACUAACACUAUUAUUCAACCGCACCCGACAGGCCGUCAUCACAAGAGAACUUAUUGAAAUCAUCUCCGGGGCCGCCGCACUCAAUUGAACCACACUUUAGCGUAAGAAACGUCAAUUCUCUCGCCAUAUUAGCAAUUGUGCAGUUCUGAAACAGAUCACUCAAACAAUAAUUUAAUAUUGUAAUUUCGUUGACAUAAGCUUGUUUUUAUAUUUGGUAAAAUGAAUAACAAUUUUCAUCGCUUGUUACAAUAAAGAUAUUUGGAUUGUU